AUGGCAGCUCUAUCGCCGUUGACCCCAAUCAUCAUCGGCAUUGGUGAGAUUCGUCAGAAGGAUUUCACCAUCGAAAUAUGCCAUGAGCCAGCCGAGCUCAUCUUAUCAGCCAUCCGCAAUGCAUCUAAAGACUCUGGUAUCGACGCCAUUAACAGUUUACAUAGUAUUUCAGUUGUCCCACCGUGGUCUUGGAACUAUGAUGAUCUACCUAAAUUACUUGCGCAAAGACUUGGCAUCCAACCACCCCAUCUUGAACUCGCUAGUCAUGGAGGAAACACGCCUGCUCUCCUCUGCGACAAAGCAGCUGCGAGAGUUGCUUCUGGGGAAUCCAAAAUGGCCGUCGUUACAGGAGGAGAAGCAUUAGCCUCGCUCUUCGCUUGUCAAAAGGCUGGGAAAUUGCCUCCACCAGGAUGGACUGCGGUAGACCCCAAUUCUAAACGGUACAGUCCUGGUGAUACAUCACUCAAACAAGGAGUUGGAGCGACGCAUUCCAUCGGCAAUCCAAUCCAAGUCUACCCUUUGUAUGAAAACGCGUAUAGGAAGGAGAACAAGCAAUCCUAUGUCGAGAAUCACCAGGAAUCGGCAGAGCUCUAUACCCAAUUCGAUAAGAUCGCAUGUCAGCAUCCCAACAGUUGGAGAGCAGGCGAAACCCCAAGAAAUCUUGAAGAUAUCAAGACAGUGAGUAAACGGAACAGGAUGAUAUGUACACCCUAUCCAUUGUUGAUGAACGCAUUCAAUGGAGUAAACCUAGCCGCUGCAUGUAUCAUCACCUCAGUUGAGUAUGCUACGAAGCUGGGGGUACCGCGCGAGAAAUGGGUGUAUUUAACGGGUGGUGCUGGCUCGAACGACAGUCAAGACUUCUGGGAGCGAAAGAAUUAUUCCUCAAGUCCUGCCAUUGAGUAUUCGAUCGACAACGCACUUGAAGCUGCUGGACUCGCCAAAGAUGAGAUAGACUGUUUCGACUUCUACUCUUGCUUCCCAGUUGUACCGAAGAUCGCUUGUAAGCACGUUGGACUCAAUCUGCUGGAUCCAAAGAAGCCCAUCACACUCCUGGGCGGGUUGACUUCAUUUGGAGGCGCGGGUAAUAAUUAUUCACUACAUGUAGGGCAUAUCCCCAUUAUGAUGAGUUCAUCUGACCAUGAUCGACAGGCUAUUGCGGAGAUGGUCAAAGUUAUACGUAACGGCAAGUAUCAAAACGGUCUAGUCCUUGCCAACGGUGGUGUUCUAUCCUGGCAACAUGCUAUCUGCCUGUCUGCACAACCCAAGAGAAAAGGCUCAUCCUACCAAGCGCAAAGAGUUCUCGACAAUGGGCAAACAUCCCAAGGUCCAGCGUUCACUGAUGAGGCACAAGGCGGAGCCAUCAUCGAGACAUACACUGUGGAUCAUGAUCGAAGUGGCUCGAAGUUGGGGCAUAUUGUAGGAAGGCUUAUUGAAACUGGGGAGAGGUUUAUUGCGAACCAUGGUGAUGAGAUGACUUUGCUCGCUCUCGUGAGUACCAUCACUGAACCAAUUGGUAUGAAAGGCUUCGUCAGGGUUGGCUCAGAUGGGCGAAACUUGUUCACGGUUGAUCCACCAGUGAAACUGUAG